CAUCAUAGAUCAUGGUUAAAGAAACUUAUGGUGUCAUUAGUGAUUUUAGCAGUCAUCGUGGUGAUUGUGACGCUUGUUCUCAUCUGGAUGCGUAAAAAGAAAAAAAUAGCUCUCUCCACUGAUAUUUCACCACCAACGUUUGAGUGCAGAAGAAUUUCUUACAUUGAACUUGAACGGGGAACAAGUUCAUUUAGUGAAACCAACCUACUUGGAAGAGGUAGUUUUGGUUCUGUAUUCGAAGCAACACUUUCAGAUGGGUUGAAAGUUGCAGUAAAAGUGUUCAACAUGGGACUGCAAGAGGCAUUAAGGAGCUUUAAUUUGAAGCUACUAUAUUGAGUAGCAUUCGACACAGAAACUUAGCUCGAGUUAUUGGAUGUUGUUCUAAUAUGGAGUUUAAAGCGUUGAUUCUCACAUACAUGCCAAAUGGGAGCUUGGCGAAAUGGUUACAUUCCAACAUCCACGGUUUGGAUCUUACACGGAGGUUGAAGAUUGCAAUAGAUGUUGCAGCAGCCUUGGAAUAUCUUCACCAUGGCUACACAUUUCCAGUUGUUCAUUGUGAUAUAAAGCCAAGCAAUGUGUUGCUUAAUGAAGACAUGACUGCUCAUCUUGCUGAUUUUGGUAUUUCCAUGCUUUUUGAUGGAGGGGAAGUUUUCAUCCAAACACAAACAGUGGCGACCAUUGGUUACGCAGCACCAGAGUUUGGAAUGGAAGGCAAAGUGUCAACAAAAGGUGAUGUAUUCAGUUUUGGGGUAAUGCUGCUAGAGAUGUUUACUGGGAAGAGGCCGACAGAUGAUAUGUUCGGUGAAGAAAGGAGUUUAAAAGAGUGGGUAAGGGAAGCAUUAGAACAAAAUGCAACAACUCAAAUAGUGGCGCCUGCCCUAUUACCAAUGGAAGAUAAACAUUUUUCUGCAAAGGUGCAAUGUUUGUCGUCAAUUUUUGAAUUGGCAAUGAAAUGUUUAGCUGUUUCAGCAGAUGAAAGAAUCAACAUGAUUGAAGCAUUAUCUGCUUUGCACAAGAUCUAUGAAGCAUUUGCAGCCGGUACAGAAAGGUGUCGGCCACGAUAUGACUUUCCUGUUACUACUCGCAAUCAUGGGGUUUGAUUCUUGUAUUAUAGCAUAGAGUAUAUCUUAUCCAUUCUGGUAUUUCUACAUUGAGUAAUAUGUAUAAUUCUUGUGGAACAAUAUUGUAACGACCCGCCCAUCUAGGGUAUAAUAAAUGC